UUCCGUUGCGUGGCGCGUGCUCGCACUGUUCGUUCGCAAGGGUGACAUGGCAGGCAGUCCGCCGUCCCCAAGAUCGGAAGACACGGAACCAGAGGGUAGCUCUCCAGCGCCUCCGGCGACUCCGCCGAGUCCAGCGGCGCUGCGUGAAUUGGCACACUUGAAGAAGCUCGUUGACCGGGAAGAGUCGCUGAAUGCGAAGACGGACAGCGAGUUCCUGAUGGCGUUCCUUCGCUUCAGCCGCAUGAAACACAAGCGUGCGUUCGAGUUGCUGAAGCACUACUACGACUCCAAGCGGAAGGAAGUCGACCUGUUCCGCAACCUGAUGCCCUCGGAGCUGGACCACGUGUUCUCCAGGAACCUCGUCGGUCUGCUGCCCGACAAGGACAAGAAGGGCCGCUUCAUACUCGUCCUCAGGGCGGGCGCCUGGAACCCCGACCAGAAGAGGAGGCCCAGACAGCAAGGAACAAUGCGCUGUGGCGGGGGAGCGCAGGUGUCGUUCACGGACGCGGUGCGCGCCAUCCUGCUGUGCUUCGAAUACAUCAUGACGAAGAAAGCGGCGCAGGACAACGGCCUCAGCAUGCUCUGCGACUUCGACGGCUGGGGCUACAGCAGCAUCCUAGCAGUGCCCAGUACGCGGAUUGGUGGCAUCUCCAAUGUCUUUCCAGGCUACCCCGUGAGGAAAAAGCGCGUUGACAUCGUGAAGCAGCCUUACAGCUUCAACAUAUUCUUCAAGAUGAUCACACCCUUCCUAGACGCUGCGUCAAUCGCAAAGGUGCACUUCCACGGCACAGACACCAAGGCGCUGCACGAGCGGUUCCCGGCCAAGAUCCUCCCCAAGGAGUUCGGAGGAACCAGGGGCCCCUUCGACGCCUCCGUGUGCUACGAGAAGCUCAAGAGGAAGGAGGCUGCGUUCGCCGAAGACUUCGAGUACGGCUACGUCUAGGAGAGCCGUCUCGCGCGGACGGCAGCGCCCGCUUCGUCUGCCACUCAAAGACGCGAUACACGGCACGCGUUGGCGUUUAUUGUGGCGCAUACUGCGCAUUGCUUUCAAUUUAAUGUAAACUACCAAAACACAUUUAUAAUGUGAGAUAGUGUAAGAUCACACGGAAUGUUUUAAGUUUCGAGCGCUUCUUCUUUCUUUUACCGGCAUCGACUCGCUGAAUUAAACCGACGGAGCGACUUGAA